GUUGACGGCUGUACUCGCUCUAGUUUCAGUUGUUUCUCUCAGUUUCCCCUCAGUACCUGUCGCUGCCCAGAUCAGGCUGGUGAAUGGAAACAGUUGGUGCUCAGGUCGAGUGGAGGUGUACCUCUAUAAACUGUGGUAUGGUGACCAGUGGGGAACUGUGUGUGAUGAUGGCUGGGACAUGAGUGAUGCUGAGGUGGUGUGCAGACAGCUGGGGUGUGGCUGUGCUAUCAGUGCCCCUGGGUCAGCCUCCUAUGGUGCAGGGACUGGGGAGAUUUGGAUGGAUGAUGUUGCAUGCUCUGGUACUGAACAGUCUCUGACCCAGUGCUCCUACAACAGCAACCAUAACUGUGGCCAUGGUGAGGAUGCAGGGGUGGUGUGUUCCAUGGAAGGUCCCUCCAUCUCUCUCUUCUCCUCAUACUCAGCAGUCUCAGCUGGAAAGACUGUUAAGAUCAAAUGUUCUAGGAGUGCAUACCAAUGCAAUGGCAACUUACUUCUGUACAGAAAUGGAGUUAAUGUGAAUUCAAAGGCUCUUAAUUCCUACCAGAGCAGCACGACAUUUAUUCUGUCUAAUGUGGACUCCUCUCACCAGGGCAGUUACACAUGUGCCUACUCCUCCUCCUCUACUCAUAGCCAGUCCAUUAACAUCACUGUAGUUUUACUAGAGAAGCCAAGUCUUUCACUGGAAACCAGUAAAGAGGUUUCUUGGGGUCAGUCUGCCCAGAUGAGGUGCUCCAUCUCUACACAGCACCUGGGUGGUACAUUCACCCUACAGCAGCUCUCUGGGUCAUUUACUGAGAAAAAGAUCUCCACUGGAACCUCUGCACUCUUCACCAUUCCUCAAGUGGACUUUAUCCAUGAAGGAGCCUACUACUGCCAGUAUAAAACUAGGGUUUCACGUCGUGAAUUCACAUCCCCCCAGAGUGCUACUGUCAGCCUUUUUGUAAUAGUGGACCUUGUGCAGCCCAACAUCUCUCUCAGUGCCCCAGAUGGAAGGCUGUUCUGGGGGCCUCAGGGGCCAGAGGUGACCAGGGGCCACAGCCUCUCCCUCAUCUGCUCUACUGAGCCACAGCACCAAGGAGGCUCCUUCCACCUCAUCUUUGAUGGGUCUAACAGGACCAGGACUCAGCUCGCCAUCAACCACUCAGCCUCCUUCUACAUUCCUGAGGCAGACUACUCCCACCAGGGCAACUACAGCUGUGUCUAUGAGGUCACUGUGUCCAGCCGCACAUUCAAUUCAACACAGACCGCACCACUGACAGUCAUCGUAAGAGUAUCCCUGGCUCCCAUCAUUACAUCUGGAGUGAUUUCAGGGUUGUUCCUACUUUUGCUGAUCCCUGCCAUCCUGUACCUGGUGAAGAAAAAGUGUUUGAGUGACACACAUACACACACAAUCCAGAUGAGCAAUGUUGCACACAGUUCUGCAAACGCAUACAGAUUUCUUCAUGGACCAGGUGGGUCACCUGGUGAAGAUGAGAACAUCUAUAUGAAUGCAGUCAUGCCUGCUGACCAGUGGGAUCAUGGAAAAGACACUGAUGGAGAUCUGGAAGAAGACUAUAUGAAUGCAGAAGAGCUGCAUGGCCCAACUGCUUCAGACAACGACUAUGAAGAGGAUGACAUCUAUGAAAACUAUAACUGAGACUGGUCUGGUACAUGUGGAUUAAAAGCGGUUCUGUCAGUGUCCCUGUCCUGAGACUCCUUCUUGCCAAUUUUGAUCCCCACCUGAAUCUGUCAUGAGCCCUCUCACUCCACCGGGUUACCACCUUAAGUGGUUUCCAUUAUCUUCCACUCUGCUCACCACUCUCUCUACUCAGCCUAACUAGCUCCACCUGUCCCUGCUCUGCUCUGCUCUAAUU